UCAUCAAAUCCAAGGUUCCUACAAAACCCUAAAAAAAAAAUUGAGGCAUGCAGAAGAACAGCAGAAGUGAGAACAAAUCUCACUCUCAUGUCUCAAAAUGGGCCUGUGUUGCAGUUUAUUUAUUCAGCUUUCCUCUCCCUUUGUUUCUUCAACUUGGUAGAUAUGUAGAUCUGUGAAGUUUUGUAGGAAGAUAUAGUGGGGGUAAGUAGUAGAAGAGCUUUGCUGGCUUGGGAUGAUAAAGAGAGGAGUGAGGGAGAGAGAAGAGACUGUAGAAGUGAAGGGGGAAGUGCUAUGGAUUGGAACUUGAGGGCAUCUCCUUGGGAUUUAACUGAACUGGAGCAACGAGACAAUGCCCAUCUUGCUGCUCUGGUUGGGUCCAGUAGUUUAGGAGGGCAAAGCAGUGAAGGAGAUUUUUCGGUAGAUUUGAAACUCGGAAGACUGGAUGAUUUGAGAGACGGGUUUGCAGCCAAAUUGAACACUUCAGGGACCUCAACUGUGGUCCCAUCAUCUUCAGGGUCAUCGAAAAGGCCCCGGGCAUUAAAUGGAACUCAAAAUGUUUCAUGCUUGGUUGAUGGCUGCACAUCAGACCUCAGUAACUGCAGGGAGUAUCAUCGGCGCCAUCGGGUCUGUGAACGUCACUCGAAGACCCCAGUAGUGCUCAUUGGUGGUGAAGAGCGCCGGUUCUGCCAGCAGUGUAGCAGAUUCCAUUCUCUGGGAGAGUUUGAUGAGGUGAAGAGAAGCUGCAGGAAACGUCUUGAUGGACACAAUAGGCGCCGACGAAAGCCUCAGCCAGAAUCCGUAUACACCAAUUCUCAAAGCUUUCUGUCCAAUCACCAAGGCAACAGGUUCUUGCAACUCAGGAGUCCACAUAUUCAUGCCACUGCAACUUCAUGCAGCCCCAUUUGGCCCGAGGAAGAUACUUCAGUUUCUAGUCAUCGCCAGCAAUGGCCCGUGACCCACCGACAAAGUAAUUUUCUCGAUUCUUUGAACCACAUCAACAAUGGGGAGGACAAACACUUCCCUUUCUUGCAGGCCAGUGACCCUAGUAUUGGAAAUCAAGCAGCCCAUGAAGUUUCUCCAUCCCAGCCAUUGCUAAAUGCCAUUAUCCCAUCAGAAGUUAGCCAUAAAAUGCCCUUUGAUGGGUUACAAUCAACCGACUCAAAUUGUGCUCUCUCUCUUCUGUCACCUCAACAUCCAACACAGACCUUGAACUGGAUCAGCUCGAACCAUUUGGUGCAACCCAAUGUGAGCUGGGGUCUGAAUUUUAGCAGCAUUGAUCCAGGGUUGAUUAUCGAUGCCUGCGCCAAUGGUGGUAGUUGGAAUGGGAUGCAUCAUACGAGCCCUGAUGGAUUCCCUCAAACCAUUCCCUUUUCUUGGGGGUAAGCAGGUCAUGUUUUGUGAAAUGGUUUCACAUUUCCUUGGGGAUCUUGAAUUAUUUCCCUUCACCAAAUUCUUCUGGUUCUUACAUGAUGGAUGUUUUCAAAAUUUUCGAAGUAAUUCGCUGUUCAUUGAUUGCUGCAUCAUAACAUUGUACUGUCCCCAUUGGAAAAAAAUAUUCUCUUUACUGCGAUUUAAACUGAA